AAGCUCCCGCAUCGACAAAGGACAAAACCACAAGAAACUUGCACAAUACGUGGUGAUCUUCUUCACCUCCUCUCUUUUUAAUAUCUGAUCAGCUUUUCUUCAGCCCCAUUAGACCUCUAUCUCUCUCUCUUCCUUUUAUGGCCUCCUCUUCUGGGAGCUUGGAGACCUCGGCUAACUCGCGCCCAACAAGCUUUACUUUCUCGACGACCCAUCCAUUCAUGACCACCUCCUUCUCUGACCUCCUUGCCUCUGCCUACGAUGGUGAACACCAAAACACCACCACCAUAGGAAUAGAGAAUAAGCAUCGUGGGCUUUCGGAUCGGGUUGCGCAGAGAACUGGUUCGGGUGUGCCUAAGUUCAAGUCGAUCCCACCUCCUUCGCUGCCCAUUUCUCCACCUGCUGUGUCCCCCUCUUCCUACUUUGCUAUCCCCGAUGGGUUGAGCCCAGCUGAGCUCUUGGACUCCCCUGUUCUUCUCAACACUCGUAACAUUCUGCCAUCUCCAACUACAGGAACAUUCCCUGCUCAGACCUUCGCGUGGAAAAGCAAUUCUGGCAACAGGCAGAAUGUUAAACAGGAAGACAAGAACUACGAUUUCUCUUUCCAAACCCAACAAAGGCCUCCUUUAACAUUAUCAACCACAAAUUUUCAGUCUUCAAGUGCCACAAUUCAAACUGCACAACAAGAAGCAUGGAGUUUCCAUGAACCCACCAAGCAGGAUGAUUUUUCCUCAGCAAAGAUGGUAAAACCCGAACUCAGUUCUAUGCAGAGCUAUUCCCCUGAGAUUGCCACCAUACAGACCAACACUCAGAGCAAUGGCAACGGUAAUGGCGGGUUCCAAUCAGACGGUGGCAAUUACCACGGCCAGCAGGCCCAGUCAGUCAGCAGAAGAUCUGAUGACGGAUACAAUUGGAGAAAAUAUGGCCAAAAGCAAGUGAAAGGAAGCGAGAAUCCAAGGAGUUAUUACAAGUGCACACAUCCCAAUUGCCCAACAAAGAAGAAAGUUGAGAGGUCCAUAGAUGGGCAUAUUACUGAGAUAGUUUACAAGGGGAGUCAUAACCAUGCCAAGCCUCAGUCCACCAGGAGAUCUUCGUCAUCAUCUUCAGCUUCUUAUGUAAUUCAGGCUUCCAAUUCUGCCCUCACUGAUAUUCCUGAUCAGUCAUUUGCCACACAUGGUAAUGGACAUACCGAUUCGGUUGCCACCCCAGAGAACUCUUCGAUAUCCAUGGGAGAUGAGGAUUUUGAUCAGAGUUCUCAGAAGAGCAAGUCCGGAGGGGAUGAAUUUGAUGAAGAUGAGCCUAAUUCCAAAAGAUGGAAGAAAGAGGGUGAAAAUGAAGGUCUUUCAGCACCUGGGAGCAGAACAGUGAGAGAACCUAGAGUUGUAGUCCAGACAACUAGUGAUAUAGAUAUUCUAGAUGAUGGAUACAGAUGGAGAAAAUAUGGGCAGAAAGUGGUCAAAGGGAAUCCAAAUCCAAGGAGCUACUACAAGUGCACGCAUACGGGAUGUCCAGUGAGAAAGCAUGUUGAGCGAGCCUCUCAUGAUCUAAGGGCAGUGAUCACAACAUAUGAGGGAAAGCACAACCAUGAUGUUCCCGCAGCCCGUGGCAGUGGCAGCCAUUCUGUCAGCAGGCCUUUGCCAAGCAACAAUAACAGCAACAUUGCUGCCACUACAGCAAUAAGGCCUUCGGCCAUCACCAACCACCACACUAACAAUAAUUAUGUGAACAAUCAUCUUCACAAUCUGAGAGUGCCGACAUCUGAGGGGCAAUCACCCUUCACGCUAGAGAUGUUUCAGAGCCCUGGGAGUUUCGGAUUUUCAGGUUUCGAGAACUCAAUCGGUUCUUACAUGAACCAGCCACAAGACACAGACAAUGUGUAUUCUAGAGCCAAAGAAGAACCAAGGGAUGACAUGUUCUUGGAAUCAUUGCUCGCAUAGGAUUUAUUGGGAAGGCGUUGGACUUUGGGAGGAGUAGGAUCAAAAGAACAAGAAGGAAAAAAAGAAGAAGAUCAAAAUAAUAUAAUUUAUUGCAAUUUGUUUGUUUCUUUGUUUGUUUUGUUGUUGUAUAUUCCUACAGGGAUGUUGGUUUUGUAUAUGCCAGUUUUAUAGAUAAGAUUCCCAACUUUUUGAUUUUUUUUUUUUAUUGUUUUGAGGCCCCUUCUUGGCAUAGAAUCGAACAGCCUCAAAUACACUUUUUGUAUCACACAUGGUAGUGAUAUUUUUUUCUCUUUGUACCUAGUAAAGCAAAGAAAAGUUGGAGUUCAUGUUGGUAGGGCAAAAGACAAAUCAAUCAAAAACAUGUUAUUUCUGUUUU